CAAGACAGUCCACAGACUAGAUCGUGCAAUCAUCAUGGAGCACGGUACAGCAGGGGGGGAGCCAACCCUCCCCCGACCCCCAUAUAACCCUAUCAUAAACAUGGCCAAUUCCAACCCAGUCAUAGUAGACGAACACCUCCAACACAAACAUCACAUCUUCCUCUCCCGUCCCUACCUCGGCGCCCUCCUCGUCGAGAACUCCACCUCCGACGCACGCGACCACUGCGCGAACGAACGAACCUUUCUCUCCUGGCUCCGUCUCUCCAUGUACCUCGGCGUCGUGUCCAUAGCCAUCAUCAUCUCCUUCCACUUCUACGGCGCCUCGACCAGUCUCGAGCGUCGCAUGUCGCUGCCGCUGGGGAUCAUCUUCUGGGUCCUGAGUCUAGGGUGUCUGGUAAAUGGGUUUGUGAACUACGUGCGGACGGUCAGGAAAUAUAGUCAUAAAGCGGCGCUCGUGCAGAGUGGGUGGGUCACGGAGGUUAUAUUCACCGUGGUGGGCGCGGUUAUCUUAGGGAGCUGUAUCUUGUUCUUGGCUACUGAUGCUAAGAGCAGUACGAAUUCGGGUUAA